UGGGUUUCCCCGCUGACUCAAAAAAGACCAGUUCAGCGAUUUUCACCAGGCCGGCCCAAAAAAACACCGGUUCGGCUAUUGCGCCGCUCUGAACAGGUGAAAAUGAGCUGGUGUUUUUUUUUUUCAGAGCUGGUAUAAAAGCCCAUCUGUAUUUCACCUGUUUAGUUUUUGCGUGUUCGGGAGGCGAAGCGGUACAUAGCGAGAUCGCGUCGUUCCCACAGCAGUUGCGCGCAACACCCAGUGGCGAGGCAGCUGGGAGUCUUGCGCAUCAGUGGGUGUGGACGUGUCAUUCGGUGGGUUCCGCUGGGAGAGUGAUUUCUUCUGGAGAAGUGGUGUUUUUUGCACCUGGAAGUCGUCACGUCCUCUUGAUUGAACCGAGAUCUAAGCGCGUAUCACAAGGAGUGCCUUGGUUGUGAGUACAGAGUACUCGUGCUCGCGGCGGCGCAGGAACCUUGCGCCGCGCCGCGUACGCGUCUAGAGCGAGGCGGGCGCUGUGUUUUGCUGAUUCAGCUUUCGCGGCACGCCAAGUGUGGCGGUCACGGAGUUCUUUCUGGUUGCAUGGGCGACAACAGCGACGGCGUGUUAGACUUGACUCACAGCAGUGGCACGGAUAACAACUCGACUCCCUUGUACGAGACGGACUCGAACCCGGACAUGUUCAGUGUCCACACCACUCCGGGGAAGCCGAGGGUGCGUCAGCCGCAGCGUUCGUCGCCUCGAAUCCGCGAUCGCCGGGGUUCGAACGUAGAUGUUGCGAGCUUAUCGCCAACCUCGUCACCUGCGAGUGGUCUGAACUCCCCGCAGACCGGGGGGGUCGCGUCAUCAGCUAGCCGCAGGACGUCUCACCGCACCCCGAAGCGAACGAGUGCACCCGAGGACGAGGGGUACGAGACGAAGUACGUUAAGCCUGUUCCCCAGCGUUUCAGCCGUGCUGCCGGCGGGAAGGACGGCGGCGGCGGCGGUUCUUUUGGGUCACCGCUUCUCGUCAGCUCAAGCCAAGGCAGCGGCGACAGUGAUGAGGCGGAGGGAGAGUCCUCGCCGGGCACCGGGGGUAGUAGUGAGGGCGGAGGCGGCAAGGGGAAGGAGCCGGAGAGGAGAAUCGCUGGGCCUGAGGUUAAAAAAUCUGGCAAAGGCCCGCGGUGGUGGACUCAGCAGGGAGAGAGGGAGCUUCUGUGGCGGCUCAUACCGAAGCACUUAGCGUCCAAGCACUCGGCCAAGAAGGCUAAGGAUGAGGAGUGGUGGAAAUGCGCACAGGCCCUCUCGAAGAAGGUUGAGAUGACAAUACGGGUCAAGGAAGUGCAAAAGGACGGCAACCUGGAACUCGUCACGAAGAAGGUCACAGUCGACAUGGGGAGGAAGAUGGAGGUGGGUAGACGCUGCGGAUAUUAUUCUUGUAUUUCGGAUUGCGGUUCGAUCUUCAUCAAGCUUAACUCGCCCAACUUAGGACUUGCUUAG